AUGUGCAGAAAUUGUUCAUCAUUGCCUCCAUUAGGCAAACUGCCAUCUCUGGAGACUCUUUCCAUAUGGAGCAUGAGAGAGCUAAGAUAUGUAGGGAGAGAGUUUUUGGGAGUAACAGAAGUAGGUGGUGUUGCUUUUCCAAAGCUGAAGGAAUUGGAGUUCUACGACUGUCGAGAGUGGGAGGAGUGGGAAGACUUGAAAGAAGAAGCAACAACAAUAAUAAUGCCAUGCAUCAAGGAGUUGGAACUAGAUGAUUGCAGGAAACUUAAGACAGUGCCACAUCACCUAUUAAGUAGGCUGGAGUCUUUGAAGAUAAAAGAUUGUCCGAGUCUCAAAGUUGAAUAG